UGUGUUUGUGCAGUAACUGUAGUGUCUAUUAUUUUGUCAAAAACAAAUGUUUGAAUAAACAAUAAUCUAAAACAAUUUACCAUAAAACUGGCUGUGUGCAAAGGAUUAAUUUAUGUGAUAGGUUUCAUAAAGUUAAAAUUGAAUAGUCUUUAACAUUACAAAAAAAUAAAAAAAUGUACAUUAUUUUGUUGUGUUUAACGUAUUUUUGUAUUUCAAAGGUAAAUACUUAUGAUCAGCAAGUAAAAGAUCUAUACGAUGCGAUAAGAAGUGGUGAUUCUUUUAUUACUUUCGAUAACAUGCUGCGCUUUGUACAUAGUGAUGAACCAAGAGAAAUUAGGCGCGUGCUAGCUUUUCACGGAACCCAGUUGGCAAAUGGUGAAUUCAUAAUGGAUUUUGAACAGUUUCUGAGGGCCGCAAAUGGAGGUGACAUACCAAAAUUUCGCAGACAAGUCAUAAAUGCUUUAUAUAUAGCAAUAAUCCCAGAUGGUUCAGACAGAGACUACAUUAUCCUCGACGACUUGGUUGAAUACUACUGUGGAGAAAGAUACCAGAAAACUAGAACUCAAAUGGAAACAAUUAUGAAUCAAUUCGCAGAACCGAUUGAUGGUGAAGAGUCACGACUAUAUUUCCCUAACUUUAGGCGUAUACUAAACCUUGGUUUUCUUCCAGCGCCGCAGCGAUGAAAAUGCGUUACAGACGGUCGCCGAUAAGAUGUUAUUUUAAAAGGAACGCUAAUAUGAUUAUACAAAUUAUUAAAUUGUAUUGAAACUUAUAAAUUAUUUAUUUAUUUAUGUAUAUAAUAAGAGACUCAAGUUAUACGUUUAUUUGCCGUUUAAUAGUAUUAAACAAUAUAUUAACAUUGUUUAAUAAU